GCUUCGGUGUGCGCAUGCGCAUUGCAGACCGGAAAGAAAAACACGGAAGACACAGCACCUCGCUGUAAUCUCUUUUCCAAACAACUUUUAGGAAAUACUAACGGUCGUACAUCAUAUCUGGUGUACUAUUUUACUUGUUCUUUGGAACUGACAGCUUGUGAGUGAUAAUGGAGUCGAUAAUGUUUCUGUAGCCGAGCUGCUUCUGCCUCAUUGAAACACUGAAAACAAACUGUUAGCAAGCUCCUGAGCAGCUGAAGACGAUGCCUGCUCGUAACACUGUGAACGGUGACAGCGAAGUGAGGUACUCCAGGUUGGCCAGUGAUGAUGACGGCUACAUUGAUUUACAGUUCAAAAGGACCCCACCCAAAGUCCCAUACAAAGCCAUAGCACUAGCCACAGUCCUUUUCUUAAUCGGCUCUCUGUUAAUCAUCAUUGGCUCCCUUCUACUGGCUGGAUACUUUGGAGUCACUCACUCAGACCGAACUGUGCCUGUCCUUAUCAUUGGGAUCCUUGUCUUCCUGCCUGGAAUUUACCACCUACGAAUAGCUUAUUAUGCAUCAAAGGGCUACCGGGGCUACUCCUAUGAUGAUAUCCCGGACUUUGAUGACUGACAAACACCACAGUUUCAUCUUCGUCUUCCUGUACUCGCAUAUACUCUUAAUAUUCGGCUUGUGAUAAUUUAAAUGCACUGAUAUUUUGAUAGACAAUAAGCUCAAAUAGAUUCUGUAAAUGACCUUAAUCUAAAUGAUUUUGAUGUUAUUGUCAUUGGGUUAUAUGCCGUGGUAGUUAAUGCCAGCCUGCUGUUAUGAAGCCAAAUCAGUAUCAGACAUUGUUUGUAUAUUUCUUCUGUUAGCUUGAUAAAUGAAUAAAACUGUAAUUUAA